AUGGAAGCGUCCUCUUCCCGUCGACGCAGAGUCAGGCCCGAGUGGGUGGCCUGUCACCCCGCGCCCGGGAUCAGGCCGGACCCAGUUGACAGGAUUCGGGUGCCCAGGGGGAAAGGAGGGGGUUUGGACCGGGUGGACCCCGAAAAUUUCAUCUCUAGCCACCAAACCCUACGAGUGGAUGCAAACAGUAACGAGGGAGGAGACACCGGGAAGCAGCCCGGCCUAGUGGAAAGAGCGCGGGCUUGGCGACCAACCACGGCGCCUGUCAGAAAAAGAAGAACUCAGAGAGAGCCGUGGGUCAUUGGGUUCAUCGCCUUCACGUCGCUGAUCGUCUUGGCCGUGUGUAUCGGUCUCAUCGUUCACUAUGUGAGAUACAAUCAGAAGAAGCCAUACAAUUACCUCAGCACCUUAAAAUUCACCAGUAACCAAAGCUAUCACAACUUUGGCAAGGAAGCCUCGCAGAAUUACACCAAAAUGAGCCAGGCUAUUGAAACUCUGGUGAGCAAGGCCUUCCUCAGCUCCAUGCUACGACGCCAGUACGUCAAGUCUCAAAUCAUCCGAUUCAGCCCAGAAGAGGCGGGUGUGAUGGCCCACAUGCUGAUGAAUUUUCGAUUUCCCUCUACCACCAGUCCACAAGCUGUGAAGAACACAGUCACUUAUGUUCUAAGCACGAAGCUGAAGGGCAACACAUUGACCCCCAAAGUGGAUCCCAAUUCCAUCAACCUCACGAGAAUCAACAAGGAGCAGUCUGAUGAUUACGUGAACAGCUGCUGCGGGACCCGCCGGAGCAAAGCCAAUGCAGACGGCCUCCGCAUAGUGGGCGGGAACCCGGUGGAAGACGGGGAAUGGCCCUGGCAGGCCAGCCUGCAGUACAACGGCAUCCAUCGCUGUGGGGCCACCCUGAUCAACAGCACCUGGAUCGUCAGCGCGGCACACUGCUUCAGGAGUUAUGCAGAUCCAAGCCGUUGGACUGUUUCCUUUGGGGUCACGGUAAAACCGGGAAAAGAGAGACGUGGUCUCAAGAAGAUCAUUAUUCAUGAAAAAUACCACUACCCAGAUCAUAACUUCGACAUUUCUUUGGCCGAACUUUCCUCACCCGUUCCCUACUCGAAUGCUGUACACAGGGUUUGUCUUCCGGAUGCCUCCUAUAGAUUAAAAAAUGGUGAUACGAUGUACGUUACGGGAUUUGGAGCGGAGGAAAACGAUGGAAUGAGUCAAAAUACCCUGAGGGAGGUCCAGGUGAGAUACAUAGACUCAGAGAUCUGCAAUGAGCCCCAGAUUUACAACAACGCCAUCAGCCCUGGAAUGCUGUGUGCCGGCUACUUGGAAGGAAAAAGAGAUGCCUGUCAGGGUGACUCUGGGGGGCCACUGGUCAAGUCGAAUGCCAGAGACAUCUGGUACCUAAUGGGGAUCGUGAGUUGGGGCGACGAGUGCGCUCAGCCCAACAAGCCUGGCGUCUACACCCGCGUGACGUUCUAUCGUGACUGGAUCGCCUCCAAAACGGGGAUCUGAGGCGGGGGACCGGCGGCGACGUCCACUCUAUCCCCCUCACCCGCUCCCUGCUUCUGCCUCCCACCCUGUGCUUCAGGAAGCCCUGGUCAGGGAAGUCCCAGCUCAGAGCCGCGAACCCAGUCAAUUCUCCCACUCGUCCCUCAGGCCUGUGAUCCCACUCAUUGCCCCCUUUCUGUCGGACGAACCGGCAUUGAGGGAAGGGAGGGGGAAG